UUUUCAUACAUGUGGUCAUUAAUCUAUGCAUGUGGUGUUCUGAACUGUGAAUAGUGACUUUAUUUAGCUCGUUUUUAUGUCAAAAUAACUCGGAUAUAAGCAAAGUAUUAUAAAGAUUUAGAAAGCAAAGAUUCAAGGCUUCAAUUGGGUGACAUUUUUCAUCGAAGUUUCGUCGCACGAGCGACGGUGUCAGAGAAACGCCAUGCCUAUGAAAUGUGAGUUCUGUGACAAGAUAUUUUCAUCCAGAGGCCAUUUGGUAAGGCAUGAAAGAAAACAUACUGGAGAGAAACCUUAUGAAUGUGAUGUUUGCAACAAAACAUUUUCUCAAAUGGGCAAUUUAAGGAUACAUAAAAGGACACACACUGGAGACAAGCCUUAUGAAUGCGAUGUUUGCAACAAACGAUUUUCAGUUCUAAGUUCGCUUUCUAGACAUGAAAGAACACACACUGGAGAGAAGCCUUAUGAAUGUGAUGUUUGCAACCAACGAUUUUCAGAUCCAAGUUCGCUUUCUAAACAUAAAAGAACACACACUAGAGAAAAACCUCAUGAAUGUGAUGUUUGCAACAAGAGAUUUUCUCAAAUGAGCGAUUUAAGGAAACAUAAAAAAUUACAUACUGGAGACAAGCCUUAUGAAUGUGAUGUUUGCAACAAACGAUUUUCCGCUACAAGUAAGUUUAGCUACACAUAAAAGAACACAUACCGGAGACAAACCUUAUGGAUGUGAUGUUUGCAACAAAAUAUUUUCACAUUCAAGUAGUCUAGCCAAACAUAAAAGAACACACACUGGAGAUAAGCCUUAUGAAUGUGAUGUCUGCAACAAAAGAUUUUCACAAUCCAGCACCUUGACAACACAUAAAAUGCAAGUGCACAAGAACAACAAGAGUUUUGAGUGUGAUGUAUGCAAGAAGAUAUUCACACAAAGUCUUGAACAUCACAGAAGUGAUCAUUUAAAAGAUGUCUUGCUGUUGUGCAACAUGUGUGGCAGAGAAAUUAUUCAACCACAAGGACAUGCUAAUGAGAUGCCCAGCAGCAGUCAUUACAAUUGUGAGAAAUGCAACAAAGAAUUCCCUGAUAUUCUGGGCUUGACACAACACAAGGUGAAAGACCAUGGUACCAGCUACCAAUGCAAUGUCUGUCAAGAGUUAGAGGCACAAGAAGCAACUGGUAUUGGAUACAAUUGUUGUAUUUGCGAUACUGAGUUUGACAUUGCGACUGAACUUGAAAGUCAUAUGAAGACCCAUGACUGAACUUGAAAGUCAUAUGAAGAUCCAUGACAAUGUGUUCUCAGACUAAGCUGGAUAAUAUGAAAAAUAUAUUGAGA